CUGCCGGUUGACUCAGGUAGCAGGAAAAAUGGCGUCCACCAAAAUGAUCCUUAGAGGAAAAAAGGAGGAAACCGUCGAGUGGACCGGAUUAUUCAUGAAUGACUUAAAAUCCAAACAAGAGUCUCUGGUCUUUGUCAAGAGGAUGUUGGCCGUGGCGGUGUCUUCCAUCACCUACCUGAGAGGGAUUUUCCCAGAGUUUGCCUACAGAUCCAGGUACCUGGAAGAUUUGUGCCUCAAAGUUUUGCGUGAGAACAGCAGCAUCCCUGGGGCCAACAAAGUUGUGAGAUGGAUGAUGGGCUGCUUUGAUGCAUUAGACAAGCAGUAUCUGCAGAUUAUAUACAUUGGGGUUUACACUGAUCCAGAGGACCAUAAUUGCAUCAUCGAGUCCUACCAGUUUAACUUCAGAUACUCUGAAGUUGGACCAGAAAUGGGCAUACUCAGGAACAAUGAGAUGCAGAUGCAGGUGACCCUGGAGGACACUAAGACAGCCUCAGUGCUGCUCAUCAGGAAGCUCUUCCUGCUUAUGCAGAACCUGGGCGUCCUUCCCAGCAACGUCCACCUCACCAUGAGGCUCUACUACUACGACGACAUCACCCCUGCCGACUACCAACCACCAGGCUUCAAGGAAGGGGUGUACGACCGGAUCUGGUUUCAAGGGAUCCCGGUGCACUUUAAAGUGGGCCAUGUGGAGACAAGCUACCACUCACUGAAAGUCCGAGUGUCUGUGGACCAAGGCCAGGUGAAGAAACUAGAGGAAGGAAACGAAGUGAAGGAAACAGCCAUCCAGAAUCCUCCUGCAAGAAAAGCUGAUAAAGGCACUCCCUCUGACGAUGAGUCUGGGCAGUUUAAGAAACAACCAAGACCGCUGAGAAAGCAGAAAAAAGCAGCUACUAAAUCUGGGGCGAGGAAGAAAAUUAGGAUUUAGGCCAGGAGUUCAGCACGGUGUUACCGGAGUUUAUUUACAUCCACUGUUCAGGAUCUGCUUCAGUUUAUGGGAUUUCUAACCACGAAGCUACAGAGAUCAUUAAAGAGAUCAUUUAAAAAAAGAGCAAACUUACUGUAAAGAGUUCAGUUCAUUAGUGCAGAAAUGUGUUCAGUGGUCACUGAAAUAAAACCUGGUUGUUAACAGCUCGUGUUUUAGUGUUAUUCAUUUAGGUAGUGCUGCAAACACGUCAUUCUUUAAUUGAUCCCCAUCAAUCAGAGCUGGUUUCUCUGAACAUUCCCUCCCUCUGACGGCUCCUUCGCUCUGGUCGCUGCUCACACUUCCUCUGGCGGGCGGGCGGGGGUCUAAAAGAGGCUGUCCACGUCUCCCAUCUCCACAAACACAGUCUUUAGCUGGGAGUAGAACUCAAUCGUCACCUGGCCGUUCUCCCGUCCUAUACCUGAUAGAUGGAAGGACGGGA